AUGAUUGCAUUCAUGUUUCUUGUGGCUUUGAAAAGUUGGGAUUACUUGAGCUGCUUGCUUACUUGAGUUGCUUAUGUUUUAUUUAAUGGGUUGAUGUUGAUUUGUUUAUUUAUUGAAUUAGAUCUGUUAGUUCAGUGUUAGUACAUAAUCAUUACCUGAUAAAUGUGUUAUCUUUUUCCUUUUCUUGCUGUUUGGUGGCUGUGAAAAUGUAACGAAAGAAAAGAAAUUAAACUUUUUCUUUUCUUAGUUUUUGGUUGUGUGCUUUUACACUUAAAAGUCAGAUACUGGUGCUUUCCGGUCAAGAGCUUUCGCUGAACUGCCAGGAGUUGCUCACUUGCUCUGUGACUCUGUUCAAAAAGAUGUUCUACGGAGGUUCUUCCUUACACGUGUUCAUCGUGUAUUGAAAGAUCUAAAGCUUCGAGAAUAGAUAACUCUGUUUUGCUUUCAUAUUUUGUUUCUUUGAGCUACUAGCAAUCACCAUAACUCUUAGCUUCAGUUCUAUAUCCAUCAUCAAGUUUGCUUACUCAAAUUCAUCCAAAUUGCCUGAAAAUCACAAGAACUGAAGUCUUUGGUGCCCUUUCAAUUCCUGAUAUUCCAUCCACAUCUGCAAGCGGAUACCGGGGUUCAAAAUCUCAAGUUUGAAGUCUUCUUUUCUUAGUGAUCUCUGUGCAUAUCUGGUUUCAUUGGUAUAACUACAAACUUGGAAAAAUGCAGAAGCCUCCACAAGCUGUUGACUUUGCUCUAAAGGAGACCUCACCGAACAUCGGAGCAGGAGCUCUUACGACAGAUAAGCUUGCCUGCACCUAUGAUCUUGUUGAGCAAAUGCAAUAUUUAUAUGUUCGUGUGGUGAAAGCCAAGGAUUUGCCUGGUAAAGAUGUUACUGGCAGUUGUGACCCUUAUGUUGAGGUAAAGCUUGGAAACUAUAAGGGAACCACUAAGCAUUUUGAGAAGAAAACAAAUCCCGAGUGGAAUCAGGUCUUUGCUUUCUCAAAAGAGAGAAUUCAAGCUUCAGUUUUGGAGGUCUCAGUGAAAGAUAAGGAUGUUGUUGUAGAUGAUUUGAUUGGAAGGGUUCUCUUUGAGCUCAACGAUAUCCCCAAACGUGUUCCGCCUGACAGUCCUUUGGCACCGCAAUGGUAUCGAUUGGAAGAUCGGAAGGGGGAUAAAAUUAAGCAUGGGGAGCUGAUGCUGGCUGUCUGGAUGGGAACUCAAGCUGACGAGGCAUUCCCUGAUGCUUGGCAUUCAGAUGCAGCAGCUGUUGGUCCUGAUGGAGUUGCAAAUAUCCGAUCAAAGGUAUAUCUUUCACCUAAGCUUUGGUAUGUAAGGGUCAAUGUGAUUGAAGCUCAGGAUUUGGUGCCUGGUGACAAAAGUAGGUUCCCUGAAUCUUUUGUGAAGGUCACCUUGGGAAAUCAAGCAUUAAGAACUAGAAUAUCCCAGAGUAGGAGUAUUCAUCCAAUGUGGAAUGAAGACUUGAUAUUUGUGGUUGCUGAACCUUUCGAGGAGCCUUUGAUUUUGACAGUGGAAGAUAGAGAAGGACCAAACAAAGAUGAAUUAUUGGGCAAGUGUGUGAUCCCUUUACAAAUUGUGCAAAGAAGACUAGACUAUAAGCCAGUAAACACGAGGUGGUACAACCUUGAAAAGCAUGUGGUUGCAGAUGGGGAACAAAAGAAGGAGAUUAAAUUUGCCAGUCGGAUCCACUUGAGGGUCUGUUUGGAUGGUGGUUAUCAUGUUUUGGAUGAAUCAACUCACUACAGCAGUGAUCUUAGGCCAACAGCAAAGCAGCUGUGGAGACCCAGCAUUGGGAUACUGGAACUGGGGAUUCUAAGUGCUGUGGGGCUGAUGCCUAUGAAAACAAAGGAUGGGCGAGGAACUACAGAUGCUUAUUGUGUGGCUAAAUAUGGGCAGAAAUGGAUCCGGACAAGAACAAUUGUUGACAGCUUCACUCCAAAGUGGAAUGAGCAGUACACUUGGGAGGUUUUUGACCCGUGUACUGUCAUUAGUAUAGGGGUAUUUGACAAUGGCCAUGUACAAGGGGGAAAGGAUUCUAGAAUUGGGAAAGUGAGGAUUCGGCUGUCGACGCUUGAAACUGAUAGAGUUUACACACAUUCAUAUCCUCUUAUAGUAUUGCAACAAUCAGGAGUGAAGAAAACAGGUGAAGUCCAAUUAGCUGUGAGGUUCACAUGCUCAUCUUUAAUUAACAUGUUGCAUAUGUAUUCACAUCCAUUGUUGCCAAAAAUGCAUUACAUCCAUCCGUUAUCUGUGAUUCAACUCGAUAGCUUGAGGCAACAAGCUAUGCAGAUCGUUUCCAUGAGGUUGAGCCGAGCUGAGCCACCUCUGAGGAAGGAGGUUGUGGAGUAUAUGUUAGAUGUGGAUUCACAUAUGUGGAGCAUGAGGAGAAGCAAAGCCAAUUUUUUCAGAAUUAUGGGCGUCUUGAGGGGGCUGAUUGCUGUUGGAAAAUGGUUUGAUCAAAUCUGCAACUGGAAGAAUCCACUUACUACCAUUUUGAUUCACAUACUUUUCAUAAUCUUAGUCCUUUAUCCUGAGUUGAUACUUCCCACAAUUUUUCUCUACCUUUUCUUGAUUGGUAUUUGGAAUUUUCGGUGGAGACCAAGACAUCCUCCUCACAUGGACACCAGGCUAUCUCAUGCUGAUGCUGCACAUCCUGAUGAACUUGAUGAAGAAUUUGACUCAUUCCCAACUUCCAGACCUUCAGAUAUUGUUAGAAUGAGAUACGAUCGUCUGAGAAGUAUAGCAGGGAGGGUUCAGACAGUAAUUGGUGACUUGGCAACACAAGGGGAAAGAUUCCAAUCUCUGCUGAGUUGGAGAGAUCCAAGAGCAACAACUUUAUUCGUGGUUUUCUGUCUGGGAGCUGCUGUAGUCCUGUAUGUUACUCCCUUCCAAGUUGUGGCUCUUCUCAUUGGCAUUUAUGUGUUAAGACAUCCCAGGUUCAGACACAAGCUCCCAUCAGUUCCUCUCAAUUUCUUCAGGAGAUUGCCUGCGAGGUCUGAUAGCAUGAUAUAAUACAAGUAUCCUUGUUGGCUCCUUCUGUUACCGCCAUUGUUGAUGUUGAAGCUAGGGAAGAACUGUUUAGUCGCUAUCAUUGUGAUAUAAAGAGUCAUAUUUUCAUAAAUUCAACUAUAUAUGUUGUAGUUUGUUGUUGAUGUUUAUUUAAUUUCUGUUGAUUUUGCAAUCAA